UCCCCGCGGUCCAGCCCCGCCGGGGCUCUGUGGUGGCCGGGCGGGGGUCCCUCCGCCUUGGCCGAGGGGGCUCUGCUGGCCCGCCCGCUGCGAGUGAGCUGCUUGGGGGAAGCUUUUUCCCCCUUGCGCAAGUGGACGAAACAUGGGCCGCUCUGUAGUCGGCAGGGCAGCUCCCGCCCCGCUGCUGCCCCCGGCUCUGCCAGGUCGGUGUCCUGCGGGAAGGUGUCGGCCUAAGAAGGCGAAGUCCUUCCAGGCGAAGUCCUUCCAGGCGCAUUGCCGCUGCCCCGGCUCGGCACACGGGCUGUGCCAGGGACCCUGUGCCAGGGAGCCGUAGGGAACACAGUGAGGUUGGGGCGCAGCGCGCAGCAUCAGCCCCAAGAGCGCGACGGGCGUGCAAUGAUAAUUUAGUCCUCUGGAAUCUUUCCAGUAGACGAACAGCAAAAGAGCAGAAGCGGGGUGAUUUCUGAGGCAGACUCAUUUCGCUGGUGAAAGGGAAUUACAGGAGAGCCCCCUGCCUUCCCCACGGCGGUGUCAACACCUUUCUUUUUCUGGUUUCCCCUCGAGUCGCUGAUUGUUCUGUUCCCUAGAGCGGUUCAGCGAGUACGAAUGCAGCGCGGGCAUUGGCAGCUUCUGCCUCGGCAUCAUCCAGCCCUGCUGAGAGGCGCUCGGCGCACAGCAGCGCUAAAAACGCUGGCAGAGGUUUGGCCGUGCUCGCUGGCUCUGCCGCAGCUCCCGUGGCCAGGCAGAGGGGAGCUGCGCAGCGCGGCCCAGGUGAGAGGAGUCAAAGAGAUUCUGAAUCCUCAGAGGCACGUGUGUUGCCGCUGGCUGGUUUUCCAGCAUUGGGGAUUGAGCCGGUUUCUGACAAGGCAGCAAAUCGGAGCGGCCAUGCUGGGGAACGCUCAGAAGUGUUUGCUACAGUCAGGCUCAUCGAGUUGCUGCAGCUCUUCUCUGCGCCAAGCAGUGUUUCUCUUUUGGACGGUUGUGGUGUUAAAACGCUUCAGCAAUAAAGAGGCUUUGUUGUGGUCUCUGCAGCAUUGCUUUUGACUUGGCUAGCAGCAGCCUUUUUGUCUGAAUAAAUGCCUUCCCUGGAGUUGGAUGCGGGGGCAUGCGUGGGCACGUGUGUGUGUGCACCUUCACUUGCGGGUGUACAUUUGACACAGCUGUGAACAGGCAGUUCUGGUAGGUUCAGCACUUGCCCAAACUUGUUGGUUCCUGUGUGCCAGAACAAUGUGCUUUUCCUCACGGCUGGGGAUGCUGGCCACUGUCACCGGCUUUUAACAGCGCUUGAGUGAAAUUAAUGGCCACUUUCCAGCUCCAAGCAGAAACUGUUGGUACACGCCAAUCCUGUAUUUAGUCUGAGGAAGUGAUCAACGUUUGCUGCAUCAGAGGAAGGACCAAGCCAUAUGGACUCUGGCCGGGCUGUGCUGCGCUGGGGCUGCAGCUGGGCAGGCAGGUCCCAGCUCACACACAGCAGUGUGCUGUACAAUGCGUGAGUGAAGGUCAUACAGUGACCUGCUCCUUCAGAGCUUUGUAAUUUAUUUCCUUUGGCACAGGUAUCCUGGCUAGUUCCACCUAAGGAUUUUUGGGGGGAUGGGGUGGAGAUCAGUUCAGUCCCGCUACAGGCUGGUAAUAGAAACACAGAACUCCCCAGCUUUUCCUCAUCUUCCUCGCAUUUAUGUCUCCAGGGUUAAAAUCCAGUCCAGAAUCCCCAGACCAAAUUGAAUUAGAAUUUAACAUUCAAAGAUUCAGGCUCCCUUUAGGCUCUAAGGAACAGAAUGUCAUCCUGUCUCGCAGUUAAUAGCUGCUGGGUAGUCAUUUCAAAGCCAUUUCUUUUCAGUGAGCUCUACCAUAGCAAAUUCCAGCAGUGAAUGUAUUUCUGGUCUGGCCGUGCCACUAAUCCCACAGCUGAGUCUUACAUGUGAUCUCUUUUGAAAUGCUAGAUCUGUAUAUAUAUAUAUAUAUAUAUUUUUUUUUUUUCAUUCCAGACAGCGAUAUUUCUCAGACUUGGCAUUUAGAGUGGCAACAGGGUUGUUUAUAGAAAGAGAAGGGAAAGGACAGAAGGAGGAUGUUGACCUAGCAGCCCUACAAACCUACCGCACUUAAUCCACUUAUCGCUCUGAAUUCCUGAAGCAGAUAAAUGCUGAUAACAGUUAAAACACAUCACUGACAGGAGCAGCAUGUUCUGUCCUCUAGAAAUACAUCAAUGCUGGAAACAGCAAAGCUGCGCUGCCAUGGGGAUGAGCGUGAUAUAAGAGCCGAGAAGCCCUCGCUGUUCCGCAGUGCUCUUCCACAGGAGGGUAGCAGCCCCUGCCCCCUUCUGUCUCUCUGCCACAACUACCUUGAGAUGGUUCAGGUCUGACAAAUGCUGCCGAGCGCUGUUGUAACCCCGCAGCCCCCCAGAGCCACAGCUGCCUGAUCUCUCCCUACACAUUUGAAAUACCAAGCGGGCCCCAAGUGUCUUGUUACCGCUCCUGAUUGUCCUCGCUGCUUGGCGUUAAGACCUGUGAGGAGCGACUUCCAGCUGAGACCAGCCCCGUGCAGCUCACGUCAGCGUGUCUUGGGGAGAGGAGUUGGUUUUGGCUAAUCUGAGCUAAACCUUCCCUGGAGGAGUGCAGCUGCUGCACCAGCCUUGCAGAGCCGCACAAAGCCUCCUCUCCCCAUCUGUCAGGGCUCUGAGCGAGCUACCGGAGCCGUCCCUGGGCUCAGGGGGACGCAGCGGCCGCAGCUGCCUGCCACCCCCUGUGCCAGCACCCCUUCCUCCUCAGGACCCGUCCCAGGCUGAACAGGAGGAAAAAUGCUGUAAACCAAAGAUUGCUCUGGAGCAAACCUCACGCCUACAAACUCUGGAGGGAUAAAACAGCUGAUCGAGAGUGACUUUGACAAAGCGCCAUUUAUGGGCUCAUCUGUCUUCUUAGUUCUAUCCCUGCACGGCCAUCCCCUACCAGUCUCCACAGCCCAGCACCCCAUGUGAGCGGGCACCCUUGAAAUGGCAGCAAAGUGCUUUCUUGUGGACGGUGCGCAUGUCUAAUGAGAAGUGCAAAAGGAGGAAGCUGCCUAGAGAGAAGCGAGGACCUCAGACACUGGGGCUUUUUUCGAGGCAGACACUGCUCAGCUGUUGUGUUGCAGGUGUUGUAGCUAAAAACAAGCUUUCGUUGAAAUCAAAGACUCUUCAUGAGUAAAGGCGGCAGGAUUCUCCCACAAAAAGAGGUUUUUCUUCUUCAAAGGGCUCUUCUUAGAUUUCCCUACAAUAUAUUUCUUCAGGCUUGCCUGCAUUGUGAAGCUGAUUCAGAGCCAGCAUCAUGUGGAUCUGAAACAUCCCAGCUGUUAGGGAUGGAUUCGCUGUCUGGUCGUUCUCACUUCUGGAAUACGAGCGCCUUCCUCCAGAGCGACCUCAUGGAGGAGGUGGCUGCUGAGGGGUGUUUUGUGUGCUCAGGAGCACAGUGGAGCCGUUCCUCUACUGACUGCUGAUAGGGGCACUUGUUUUCCAUGUUGAAGGUAAAACAGGUGACCCCACACUUGAGUGGUCACAUAAAGAAGGAGUUUGAUGGUGCUGCUCUGCCCUGAGCCGAAACCCUGUGGCACUGCUCAGUAGCUUUCCUGUGUAUACAAACCACUUGGUUAAGAUAAUUUAAAGUAAGGUGCCCUUAUUCCAAAAGCUGGAUGGUCCGUGCAGUGGGAUAAUCCUGAAUAGCUGUUCCAAAACAACUGUGUAAACAAAUUAUGGUGCAAGUCCCACUGUGCCGCUGUUAAGCUUGUCCGUCACUCCAGAGCCUGUUGAAUCCUUCCCUGAAUUUGACCACAUUCACCUCAAAAUGCCUCAAUCUGCAUCAGUCAAGGCACAUUUUUUUUCUGUAUUCCCAACAUGUGGCUUUGGUUGUUUUGGAAGGGGGCAAAGUUUGCUUUAAAUGCGCGUGAUACUUCACAGUCAUCAGCAGACAAAGCUCUAUGCGUUAUGGAGCUUAUGGUCUGAUCUUGGGUCACCGGCUGGUAGGUUUAACACCAUCGCAAUAUCACAGAGAAAUGACCCCAGUGCAGGGAGGAGCCUGACCGAAAAGCAGAAGAGCCCGCAUUUGCCAGGAAGAGCUUGCCAAAAGCAGUGUGUGUCCAUCCUGCCCGUCCCUUCACCAAUGAGAGGGGAUCAACCAGCUGCCUGGGUGUGGAAAUACCUGACAAACCCCCAUCUCUUCUGCCCUUUGGAUCUUCGUGUCUAGUUGCUUUCUUACAGCCUUUGGCCCCUGCCAUGGCCUCUCAUCUAAAAGCCAUCUUCCUGUUUCUUUGGUUGCUUCAAUGUGGAGGGGAAGAUGUCGAUGUACAGCAGAAUCCUCCAAUCCAGGUUGCACUGCUCAAGGAAGGGAUAUCCAUCCCCUGUAAAGUCACCUUCCCUUACAUACCAAAAUACACCACAUUUUCAAUCAUCUAUUACUGGAUAAACUCACUGGGCCAGAAAGCAUCCGUCUAUAGUAGGUCAGAAAAUGUAGCCAUCCCUUCUGGAAAAGAGAAUACGACUGCUACCAUAUCUUACGACCACAGAAUCAUGUCACCCGGAAACACCUUUUCUACUGGUACAUACUACUGCGAGGUCAAAUGGAAUGACAUCCAGAAAAUGGGAAAGGGAGUGUUUGUCCUUGCUAGAGAUACAGGGUACGUAGAAACCUCUUAUGGGUGGGAAAUCCUUGUUACCCUUACCGUUCUUCUUGCUGCACUGAGCAUCGCCGCAACAGCUCUGCUUCUGUGGAAAAGAAAGGUGUUGUGCCCUAGAAGGAACCAGCUGAACAUCCUGAGACAGAAGGUGGAAACACAGCCCCCUCCAGUCACCCCCCCGCCACCACCACCACCUUCUUCUGUCUAUGACAGCCUGGAUUUGCAGCACGUUGAUGUCUAUUCUGUCCUUGAGAACGACACAAACAACCUGUCGCCCAGAAAGAGUCCUCCAGGGAAGACACCUAAGAAGCAAGCAACUCUAGAUGAAUCCUGUGAUACAUUGUAUGAGAAUAUCUAGCAGGGAAAAUCUGACCCUGUGAGGACCGGACAUCUUUCUGUUCAGCAGAACUACUCACCUCCCCAGAGAUCUACAGCGACUUCAGGGCACAACCACGAGGGACUUGUGAAACCCUGGCUCCUUCUAAACUGCCCUUCAUUAACAACAGAAUGUGUCUGUUUGACUCCCGCUGGGGCUCAGUCUGCACUGAUGCUGUAAAGCUAUUUUGCAGAUGCAAAAGAAAAGCUGCUUUUGUCAAGCACUCACAAGUACCUUAGAAAAGGUGCAGAUGGGAUCUGUGGAGGUUUCUCUCACCUGGCUUGGCUGAAAUACUUAAAUCUCAAUCUUCUGUAAAUGAGAGGACAAUCCAGAGACCUCCCUGCUUGCUGGAUUGAUCUUCCAAUCCUGACCUGCAGCAGUUCAUCUGAUCCCGUGCCUACAGCUUUCCUGACAUGGCCAUCAGGCCUUCAUGCAUAGUUUAACUGAGAUCCCAGCAUCCACCUGCCUAUUUUUCCCCUCUCAGGAACCCCACAGUGAAACACGCUUUCUCAUAAUCUGCUAAUCCCAUCAAGUAGUCACAGACGCCUGCUGUGACCAUACUCAGCCGACUCAAUUCAGUGCCUCCGAGUAAAUGCUUUCCCUUCAGCGCUAUCAGCAGUAUACGGUGAGGAGCGGAUGCAUGGACAGAGAUAAAGAUGGAGGAAAGGAAAAUAGAAAAUAUCCCUGCCCCGCACCAUGUCUCAAUGGCAGUGCUGCCCUCUCCAGAACAGGAAGAAGAACCAGGAGGUGGGAACCUGAGGAAGCUCAUUUCCCGGGGCUGCAUACGCCAAGUGGGUCUGGGGCCAGGUUCCUGCCCGGAGAAGUUCAAGCAGAACCCCCCGAGUUUCCUGUUCUUCUUGGCAAUGAGCAUUAGUACUGCUUGGGAUUUUGAGCCCCUGUGGGAGCAGGCACAGUACUUCUGCCCCACCAAAACUAGUAGGUUUGCCUUUGUUUCAGCUGGCCAGUAUUUCCCAGCGAGGGUAUAAGGCUUCCUUCCCCCAACCCCGUAUGUUAUUUGGCCAGGUAGGCCAGUUCUGAAACUCAGAACAACUGGAGAGAGGAAGGAGGCCCUAGAGGUGAAAUUUUUAUUCAAGCUCUUCUCUCUCCUGUCAGCUGGAACUUGCCUGCCAUUUCUGCUGAUGCAUAUUCUAGUUCUGGUAGGCAAGAGGUUACGUUAAAUAUCCAUAUAACACGAUCAAACCAGUGGAUCAAAAAGCUGAAGCUGUUUUAUCUCAGAUUAAAAAACAACAACAAAAUAGCAACCAAACAAAACCAACCCAAAAUUAGAAUAUGCAGCACAACUUGAGAGGAAUCAUAGAAACCUCUUUAAAGAAGAAGAUCAAAUUAAAAUUGAGCUCCAGGGUCAUAGGACCCUCUCUACUUGAAGAUAAUGUUGCUAUGCAUCAGAGAUAGAGGCUAUGGAAAAUGUCUCCGGGGCCUCCAGCCUUCCUAUACUAUGUUUAAAGAGAUAAUCCGCUUAUUGCUUUGCUCUUUUUAUUAGAAGAGAUUUCAAACAUGCAAUUUGGACUUUAUUUAACCACAGGAAAAUGCUUUUUCUCUUCCCAGUGUUGAGGAAUUCAUUUCAGAAAGAGCAACGAAUAGACAGCAUGGCUUACUAGACCUGUUUCCCGUUUGUUAAAGGAUUGCAACAAUUAUAAAUAAAUAUUUUUGAAGUCAACAAUUUUAGUGUUCACCAGAAACCAAUUGUUUUCAUAGAAGAAUUUACAGAGGAUUGUACAGGUAUGAAAAUGCCUUUCCUUAGCAAAUCUGAAGAAAUUAUGAGAUGAAUUAUAAAUAUGUUGCAGUAUGGCAAUAAAAUAUUCAACAGAA